CUCUCCACUAUGUCAAAACUCGCCUUCGAGAAGCUCAACGACACCAACUAUGCCGAAUGGAGCACGCAAAUGGAGGCUCUUUUGAAGGAGCAGGACCUAUGGGAUGUUGUGAAUGGUGAGGAGACUAGGCCCCUGUUCGGACCCAACUCAAAGCAGGUGAAAGCCUUCGUUCGCAAGCAGCGGCUUGCGAGGGCCAAAAUCAUACUCCACCUCUCUACCUCUCAGCUCCCGCAUGCACGUGUCGAAGAUGGGGACCCCAAGGCCACCUGGGACAACCUCGCCCGUAUCCACCAGUCUUGCGGUUUUGGCCGUAUCUUCUCCAUGCUCUGUGAGCUCUCGACUAUGACCAAGAUGUAUGAGCAACCCAUGCAAGCUUGGGUUGCAUCU